AUGGAUCAAAGCGCAGGUGUCACGACUGUACUCCCUCUCGAGCACCUCGCCCGGAAGGGAGUCCGUACCGCUCGACCGAACCACGUAUCUGAAUUUGUAUACUGCGAUACAUCAAAGCAGCACACCCUGGCUCUGGACUUCUACCCAGUCGAUCGAUGGCAAGUCGAUCCGGUCUGGUUGCAAGGCGGGCCCAAGAGAGACGAAAUUCGCGAAAGCGCACACGGCGUCUUUCGCGAGCAUGGAUGGCCUAGUCUAGCCGCAUACCGGAAGAGCGAAUGUCUGCAAGCGCUCAAGAAGGCGCUGGACGAGGUGGAGAGGUGA